GUUUUCCAGGUAGCCGUAGUCAAAAGCUGCUGGUGAGUUCAAACAUCACCAGCACUGUUGUGUGGAUGUGCAUGUAAACCGAGGAGGCUUCAUUCAGCGUUAGCGGGCUGGCCACACAGCAGUUGCUUCGGCUUCAGUGGAGCCAGGCAGCCGUGUCGGCCUGGUCACGACUGGUGAAAAACGAGGGUGAGGAUGUCCACCAGCUGCUAAACUAGGACAGGCGCGCUAACGACAUGCAAAGCCAAGCUAAGGUGAGCCUCAGUGAGUGACAGAUGCGUGACACUGUGGACAACCAUUUGCCUCUCCUAGUGGAGAUCUGAGUUCUGGGACACUGAGGCAGCCUAGAGGAGAUCGCUGAGAAAGAUGCUGGGUUCAGAGCGUGGUGUUGUCGAAGAAUGGCUCUCAGAAUUCAAGUCCUUACCAGAAACCCACAUCCCCAGCUACGCCGGCACCCUUCAUCUAAAGAAGUCACUGGUGCCGGCACUCUACAGAGUCAUCCAGGACCCCAACAACGAGCUGCUGGAGCCUGUAUGCCACCAGCUGUUCGAACUGUACCGGAGCGCUGAGGACCGCUUGCGACGCUUCACCCUGCAGUUCCUACCGGAGCUGGUGUGGGUUUACCUGCGCGUCACGGCCAGCAGGGAUCGCCAGAGCAAUGGCUGCAUCGAGGCCCUCCUCCUGGGCAUCUAUAACCUGGAGAUUGUGGACAAAGACGGUAACAGCAAGCUUCUCUCCUUCACAAUCCCUUCUCUGUCCAAACCAUCGAUAUAUCAUGAGCCUUCUAGCCUGGGGUCCAUGGCAUUGACAGAGGGGGCUCUCUGUCAGCAUGACCUCAUCGGGGUGGUGUACAGCGGUCUUCACCCUCAGAGAGAGACCUUCACAGCUCAGAACAGGUUUGAAGUGCUGUGUUUCCUCAUGCUCUGCUACAACUCUGCUGUGGUCUACAUGCCUCUUUCUUCCUACCAGUCGGUCUGCAGAAUGAGCUCACGGUUGUGUGUAUGUGGCUUCCCCCGCCAGCAACAGAAGCUGUGGAGGGAACCGUGCAACCGUGUGCUGCUGGCCCCCGAAUUCAUGGUGCAGAUGCUGACUGCUGUUUAUCAUGCUAUAUACAAUGGAGAAUGGGAGAUGGGCCGGGAAGCUCUGGAGGACAUUCUGUACAGAGCUCAGCUGGAGCUUUACUCCCAGCCUCUCCUGUUGGGGAACGCCAUGAGGAACUCGUUGCCAGAAAGCGCUCCUGAUGAACCACGGGGGCGCAAGGUGCUCCAGGUGGAGGUGACGCCCACCAUUAGCCGUAUCUCCAUCUCGGCCAUCACCACCGCUUCCAUACGGCGCCACCGCUGGAAGAGAGAGGGCCACAGGAGGGAACUAUUUGAUUGUUUUGACUACUCAAGCGAUGCAGAGUUGAGCCUCACCGUCAGUCCUCCUAGCCUCGCCCAGCACCACAACCACCAUACUCCCUGGGACGCAGCAGCCAAAGAGGAGAGAGGAGGGCAGGCUCACAGCCACAGCAGCAGCAGCAUCAUUCCCCCCACUACACUUGAGGGUAGGGGACAGGGGCGGACACUCAGAGCAGAGAGGAUCUCAGGAGGAGGUGCUCCUUCAGUCUGUAUCCUCCUAAACCACCUCCUCCCCUUCCUUGGCUUGAGGGGGUUAACUCUGCUGUUCCCAAAUUUGGCUGCCUCUUCACUUCCCCAGAGUAUACUAACUCAUCCAGUCUAUACCACCCUCAGCCAACAACCCCUCUACUGCCAGACUCUUGCUAGUGUUUUUUUUACAUCUCAUCCAAGAAUGGAAGCGUCGCCUAUUCUGGGUUUGAAGGAAGGGUGGCUUGUGGCCAUUUUGCAUGGGCCUGUCAUCAUGCCGUUUCCUCUGUUGUACUGUAGGUCGCUGCCCUUGUCACUCACUGAGCAUGCGCACUGCCCAGCCUGCAGCUUGACCUUUUUCUCUUUCUCAAUUCUCUUGUUUCUGUAUUGCCCCUCUGUGUUUGACAGCAACGUGAGUUUUGGUGCAUCCAUCUGCUGCUGCCAUUAUGUAGAAAGAAGCCUUCAUUUUGUUUUUUUAUCCCAACAGCUAAUUUUGUGAGCUGCCAUCUUACAUUUUGUUUUCAUAGCUCGGUGAGUAGGAAUGAGCCCUUGGUCAUGCAUGGGCGCGCUACAGCGAGUUGUGAUCAUUUCUGC